GCUGGGCAAGCGAGUCUCCUGGGAAGAAACUGCACCGCGGGGGUCUGCAGGCACCUUGGGAGGGUCUUUCUGAAUGCUGAUCCCCGAGCCGCGCAUGCGCAGACGGGCUUGUAAGGGAGGGGAAUCGGGGGAGGAGGCGGAGGGGAAGAAGCCGGCCCCCGUCUUGGCUCUCCCCCUGUCCCCCAGCCAGCCCGGCAGGGCUGUUCCCCGCCCCUGCCCGGCGGCUCCUCGGACUUGAGUGAAGCCCCGGAGAAGAAGCAAAGCACUGGACUGGGACGGCAGGUGAGGGAAGAGGGAAGGCCCCACCCAGGAUCGUUCAGAGGGAUCAGACAGAAGGAGGAGGGAACAACAGAGGAGGAAAACCUGAAGCCAAACAGAAGAACAAGAAGGGGCCUUCUCCCGCAGAGCCGUGUGACAUCUCUAAAACCAGAAUCCGAAAAACAACGGGGAAAGAAAGAGAACGAAAACUCUGCCCUGUGAGUAGGAAAAACUACUCACUACUAGUAGGAGUUGUAUCUUGCUGUAGGGAUCACAGUGGGAAAUGAACAGAAGGGAGAAGCCACAUAAAUGCUUGGAGACUAGAAAGAGCUUCAGCAUGAGUGGAAUUCUAACUAUACAUCAAAGAACCCACACUGGAGAGAAGCCAUAUGAGUGCUUUGAGUGUGGAAGGAGUUUCAAGGUGAGUUCCCACCUCACUUCACAUCAAAGAACCCACACUGGAGAGAAGCCAUAUCACUGCUUCGAGUGUGGAAAGAGCUUCAGUCAGAGUGGAUCACUUACUGUGCAUCAAAGAACCCACACUGGAGAUAAACCAUAUGAGUGCUUCGAGUGUGGAAAGAGCUUCACUGCGAGUGGACAACUUAGCAGACAUCAAAGAAUCCACACUGGAGAGAAACCUUACGAGUGCUUCGAGUGUGGAAAGCGCUUCAGUGCGAGUGGACCACUUAUUGUGCAUCAAAGAAUCCACAAUGGAGCCAAACCAUAUAAAUGUUUGGAGUGUGGAACGAGCUUCAGUUCAAGUGGACCACUUACUGUGCAUCAAAGAACCCACAAUGGAGCCAAACCAUAUAAAUGUUUGGAGUGUGGAAAGAGCUUCACUUCAAGUGGACCACUUACUGUGCAUCAAAGAACCCAUUCUGGAGCCAAACCGUAUAAAUGUUUGGAAUGUGGAAAGAGCUUCAGUACCAGUGGCUCACUUACUGUGCAUCAAAGAACUCAUACUGGAGAGAAACCAUAUCUAUGCUUGGAAUGUGGAAAAAGCUUCUCUGACAGCGGAAAACUUCGCAGACAUCAAAGAUUCCACACUGGAGAGAAGCCAUAUCAGUGCUUCGAGUGUGGAAAGAGCUUCUCUGACAGUGGAUCACUUACCAAGCAUCAAAGAACGCACACUGGAGAGAAACCAUAUCAGUGCUUGGAGUGUGGGAAGAGCUUCAGCCAAAGUUCACCACUUACUGUGCAUCAAAGAACCCACACUGCAGAGAAACUAUAUAAUUUAAAUUCUAAGUAAAGGACUAGUUUGAAAUUCGUAAGAUUUGGAACAGUUUUCAUUUUAUUGUAUAAUGAACUUGUAGAGCAAACUUGAAUCAUAGUACAUUUGGAUCUGAUAAAUAUCUUCUUUUUGUGGGCAUUAUGUUGUUUUAGAACAUAAAAUUGAGCUGAUUCUUGA